AUGUCUGUGAAUGGAACAGAUUAUACGUUCGCAGCGCGUACAGGGAAAUUCAGUCUUUCUUUUGGACAAACAAGUGACUGUGCUGGAGAAAAAUCAAACAAAAACUGUUUUCGAUUCUCCAGAGCAAAAAUCAAUACUCGAGGAACAGGGAUGAUAUUUGAUCCUACUAUAGUAUUCGGUAAAGUGGAAGGCUGGGCUACUGGUAUACUGGAUUUUCAGCGUUCAGCAGACGGAGCGGAAGUGUCCUUCCGGUGUGGAGGAUGGUGUGGAGGAUGUGGUCCGGUUGAAGAAGAAAUGAAAUUAAUUCUUACAACGGAAAUGG